AUGAUUGACAUUUUCGCUGCUUUGCACUAUACGAAGGAGAGACAGGUGAUAUUUGUUGUCUUCCGGUUAGAGGGAGCAGCCCGUUCUUGGUGGAAUGAGAUCAAAAUGAAGUGGGAGAGAGAUCAAACACCGAGAACACGGGUAAAUUUCAUGAGGGAAUUCAAUGCUAAGUAUUUUCCGUCUCUAAUUCAGGAGAAGAAGGAGGAUGAGUUUAUUCAAUUUCACCAGGGAACUCAAACUGUAGCGGAAUAUGAGAGCCACUUCACCAGAUUAUCUAAGUUCGCUCCCGAACUUAUUGUGACUGAACAGAGGCGAAUAAGGCGGUUUGUUCAGGGACUGAAUGUAGAGAUUCAAAAGGACCUAGCGGUAGCCCAGAUUAGCACCUUUAGCGAUGCUGUGAAAAAAGCCCUGCGAGUUGAAAAUGCGAGAUUACAA